CCCAAAACGGCGGUAGCGUCGUUAUCUGUUGAAGACGGUUUGAAUAUAACGCUAAUUUGAAAUGUUGUCAGACAAGGAAGUGUUCUCUUUUCCACUUACUAUCCUCGAUGGUCCUGAUGGGGAGCAGAAUUUUGAAAUGGCUCGUGCUAAUAUAUGGCAGUCUCCCUGUUGCAAAUCCAGCUACAAUUUCGAUAGGUUAGUCUCAGAGCUAACCCCACAUGAUCAUCCAGAGUUAACCUUAGAAAUGAUCCAUAUGGUUUCCUAUGUUAAGAAAGUCGCUCCACCGGAAGCUUUGAGCAUGUUUCCAUCUCCAUUUCACAGCGCUGAAUCGUGGAUCAGAGACAGAUGGCGCUUUCGAAAGGAGGAUUCGGUUAAUGUUACUUUUGGCUUACAAUCCACUACAUCACCUAAAAGAGGCUUAAAAAGUGUUGAGCCUACUACAAUUUCUUCAAGUCGAGUCCCUAAUAAUGAGGAAGUAAAAGACGAAAAGUCGAUAAAAGUAGAACAGGAUUCUUUCAUCAAAAAAGAUAUGGAACCGGUGACUAUCAAAGUCAAUCGUACACUUCCUGGUUUCCAAACUAUUUUGCAGUGUGGAAAAACAUUUGAUGAUGAUACCAUAUUUGAUAAAAGUGAUUGUUUGACCUUCAACAGCCCACUUGAUACGACUGGACGAAUUAAACGUAUAUUCGAUAAGUCACAAUCUAAUUUCGGGAAUACAGAAUUAGGCCUUAAAAAUGAUGCUCAAUUAAAUAAAGAUCCCACUGAAGUGUCGUAUAUAUGCCCCCCUUUGUCACCCAUAAGUACCUUGAAUUCUCAUGACGGUACCCUACAUUAUUCUCGUGAUUCACCUCCAUAUGUGGUGUCUUCAUAUAAGAAUCGUACUCAUGGUUCGUUUGGAAAGGAAAAUAGUGUACCAAAAAUUACGAAAGCACAUUAUUGUCAAGAUAUUGCAAGCAACCAGAAAAACAUGAAUUCAGAAAAAAAGAAUGUGGACCAGUCAAAAUCAAAUAUACUGAACAUAUUUUAUGAUCCUUUAGGAUUAGAAACAACCAAUUGGCAUGAUGGUCAACCGAGAAUGAAUAACAAGGAGAAAUUGACUAGUAUUACACAAAGUUGUCACUCUCACGACUAUAAGCCAACUUCAGUUAAAUCUACAGAGGCUGCGUUGACCGAUGUUGGUGAAAAAGUGAAUGUGUGUAUGGAUGACACAUUUUUAUUGGAAUUUGUAGAGAGAAACUUGACAAAUGUUGAGUCAAACUAUAAUUUUGGUUUUGCUGAGCCAAUUGGUAUGAAUUCGCCAACAGCCUUUGUACAGGAUAUGCUUGAGAAAGUUCAGAAAACGAUAAACCACCAUCAGCAUAAACAAUGACGAAAUUUCAGAUUAAUUUAGUAUUUGAGUUUAUUUGUAUCAUAAUAUUUUCAAUAAAUGACCGUUUUGCA